UGUUGUCCGUCUGUUGCUAAGCUCCGAACAGUUGUUGUGGAGCAGAUGCUUGAAAAGGCAUGCUGGGGCUUGUAGUUCUGAAUCUGGUUUCGGUGCACUAACUGUAAUGAUGUGGAUCCCCGGCAAUAUUUACUAUGCUUUGACUGUGACUACUUUAUUCUCCACUCUUGCAAGAUUGAUGGUGGAUCCUGAGGAUGAUCCCUUUAGGAGUUUUCUGCACAAAGACCAAAAAUGACACGUCAUGGAAAAAACUGCACAGCCGGGGCUGUAUACACCUACUACGAGAAGAGGAAAGAUACAGCUGCUUCGGGGUAUGGUACUCAAACAGUUCGUCUCAGCAAAGAUGCCGUGAAAGAUUUUGAUUGUUGUUGCUUGUCCCUACAGCCGUGUAAAGACCCAGUAGUAACGCCAGAUGGAUACAUCUUCGAGAAGGAAGCAAUACUGGAGUACAUCUUGCAUCAGAAAAAGGAGAUUGCUCGUCAAAUGAAGGCCUAUGAAAAACAGAAGAAUGAGAAAAAAACUGAAAUGGAAGAAUUAAACAAAGCUGCCAAAGAAUCCAAAAUGAAAGCUUUCCUCAAUAAAGAGAUGUCAAUCAUCAGUAAACCACUGAACCCUUUUACAAGGAAAGCAGAGAGCAGCGAGGCAGCAGAGGAGGCCGGCAGCAGUAGUCAGCAGAACGGUGAGGAGAAGAAUAAGCAGCUUCCCAGCUUCUGGAUCCCAUCACUGACGCCAGAGGCAAAGUCAACACUCGUGAAGAAGCCGGACAAGACCGUGUACUGCCCCAUGAGCGGGAGAUCCCUGAAGAUGAAAGACUUGGUCUCUGUGAAGUUUACUCUGGUAGAUGACAAGGUGGAUCGCGUGGGCCUGAUAAAUCGCCAGGACCGAUACGUGUGCGCGGUGACUCGAGACAUGCUGGGAAACUCUGUACCUUGUGCGGUCCUGCGGCCCUCAGGAGCGGUGGUCACCCUGGAAUGUGUUGAAAAGCUCAUCAAAAAAGAUAUGACGGAUCCAGUCAGUGGGGAUAAGCUGACUGAGAAGGACAUCAUCGUGUUGCAGAGGGGAGGGACAGGAUUCUCUGGGUCUGGAGUUCAACUGGAAGCUAAAGAAGCUCGGCCGGUCAUGCAGGCAUGAAGCUCUCACUGCGGCAUCUGUUUGUCUACAUCUGUUUGUCUCUGUGCUUUCUUGUCCUUCAAGCUUAUUUUUCCAGUUAAGACUUAAAGAUGGCAGAUCAAAGUCUGUGUGCAAGAUGCCUAUUUUAUGGUACGUUUACAUGUGUAUUGUGCUGCAGAUUUUCUGCUGCUGAUUUUCCUACCCUUUAUCUUCAAUGUGUAGAAAAUCUGCAGCACAUGAGCGUACCCUUAGGUAUUUUUUGCUGCAGAUUUGCUGCAGCCGAUUUUGUUGCUCAUUAAAGGGAAUACUGUAGUGUAAUAUAACUUAUCUGAAGGAUAGGGGAUAAGUUAUAGAUCGUGAGGGUCCGACUGCCAUAGAGAUACAUGGAGGGGGCGUGUCUUCUGCGGUUCUUCCUUUAGAAUGCCAGGGUGCCCCGUACAUGAGCCUUCGGAUAGGGAAUAAGUAAUAUUCCACUACAGUACUCCUUUAACUUAAAUAGGUAGUAAAAUCUGCUACAGAAUAUCUGCAACAGAAAAUAUGCAGGUGUUAACUGACCUUUACAGUGGUUUCACACCAAGCCACCUGUGUUUUUGUUUUUUCGGUCAAAGAGGAGUGGAUUCAGAAGGUAUGAAAAAUAUAAAGGAUGGACCUACGCUCUUUCUUCCUGCUGAAUGCUUUCCUUCCUUUUGGGUCAAAAAUCUGCAUUAAAAAUCUGCAGCGUAGUUUCUCCAAAAAUGUUCUGUGUGAUUUAUACACAUGGCAAAAGCCAAAAGUGAAUUAAAAAGAAAUGGGAAAUAUAUAAGAACAACUGAUACUUCUCCUUCUUUCUGGAUCCAUUUCUGACUUUAGCUUAAAAACUGCAGUGAUGGUUUUCCAAAAAAGCGCGGUGCGUGAUGGCCGCUUUAGACUGAGUUCACACAUAGUAAGUUGAUCAGUGUUUUUAGGCAACAUUAGGAUGGGUUCAAAACACAAGUCUGUAUAUCUUUCCAUUAACCCCUUAAGGACGCAGCCCUUUUUCACCUUAAGGACUGAGCCCUUUUUCCCAAUUCUGACCACCGUCGCUUUAUCAAUUAAUAACGCGAAAACGCUUUUACCAAAUAUUCUGAUUCUGAGAUUAUUUUUUCGUGACAUAUUCUACUUUAUUUUGGUGGUAAAUUUUCCGCGUUCCUUGCAUCCUUUUUUGGUGAAAAAUCCCAAAAUUUCAUGAAAUUUUUUAAAAUUUAGCAUUUUUCUAACUUUGAAGCUCUCUACUUGUAAGGAAAAUGGAUAUUCACAAUAAAUUUUAUUUUUAUUGAAAAAUACAAUAUGUCCACUUUAUGUUGGCAUCAUAAAAUGGACAUAUUUUUGCUUUUUGAAAAAAUUAGAGGGCUUCAAAGUAGAGCAGCAAUUUUCAAAAAUGUCAUGAAAAUUGCUAAAUCUGAAGGGACAGAUGUUACAGAACUACAACUCCCAGCAUGCCUGGGCAGUCCAGGCAUGCCGAGAGUUGUAGUUUGGCAACAUCUGGAGGGCUACAGUUUGGGCACCAUUGUAACAGUGGUCUCCAAACUGUGACCCUACAGAUGUUGCAAAACUACAACUCCCAGCAUGCCCAGACAGCCUUUAGCUGUCAGGGCAUGCUGAAGUUGCAGUUUGGCCUUCCUAGUGGUUGCCACAGUAAAGAUCAUCUUACUUUCACUUUCAAUCCCCCCUCCCCACCACCGAUGAUUCCCUACCUGAGCCAGGAUCCAGCAGUCUCAGCGAAGAUCCCAGGUCCCCAGGCAUCUUUUCCUGCAGGUACGGCCUCCAUCUUCUUCCAACGAUCCCCUUGACAUUCCGGGGCGGGCGGAACAGGGGUUGCCAUGGCAAACCCCUGUCCUGCGCUGCCAUUGGUCAGAACUCCGUUCUGCUAAUGGCAGGGGAUAGGAGGAGACCGCAGCUCUGCGACCUCACUCCUAUCCCUUAGGCUGAUCAGUGCUGUCUCUGACAACUCCGAUCCGCCCUAUUUACCGGGUGACCGGGUCACCAGAGACCCGAUCAGCCCGGAAUUGGAGAAAAUCGCAUGUCUGAAUCGACAUGCGAUUUUCUCCGAUCGCCGAUAUGGAGGGGUCUCAGGACGAUGUGCCGGGAUGCCUGCUCAAUGAUUUCAGCAGGUAUCCCGAUCCGGUCCCCAACCGGCUAGCGGCGGGGACCGGAAUUCCCAUGGGCGUAUCCAUACGCCCUCGGUCCUUAAGGACUCGGGAUGCAGGGCGUAUGGAUACACCCUGUGUCCUGAACAGGUUAAAGUUUUUACUGUGUCUUUUUCCACUCCUGGUUUUGCCUAAAAAAUACUGAUCAAAAUAUUGUGUGAUCCCAGCCAGAGGUCAAUUUGAGUUAAGUGUAAUAAAUACGCAUUUUUGUGUCGAUGAUAUGGCCAUUUUUUUCCGUUUUGGGUCAUUAAAGAGUACCUUUCAUGAUCUUGUUAAAUGUUAUAAUCCUCCCAGUUCACUGCCCCCAUCAUGAUAAACCACCCCCUGCCUUUAUUUUUAUUAUUUGUUAGUUUUCUACCUUGAUAUUGCUCUGUAUUUUCUUCUCAGUCAGAUUCACAGACUGGGAAGGGGCGUUCCCCAGCAGGUGUGACAUCAUCUAAAGCCAUACAGGGGAGAACUUUCUCCCUCACUCUGCUACACACAGCCCAGAGCAGUUCAGUGUGAGAUGAGCUGUGAUUGGAUAAGGCUGCACACGCACCCCUCAGCACUCCAGAUUGCAUUUCCUGAAUUUGAACUUCUGCCAGGCCAGCAGGAGUCCAAAGUCUGUGCAAGAGAUGGUGGGAAAUGUGCUCUGGACAAGUAGGGAGACGCCUAGUGGCAGCUUUUUUUAAACGCAAAUAAAACAUAGAAAACGUCUUUUUAUUUAUUUUUUUUUUAUUUUUUUUUUUUAUCAAAGUACAUUAGAAAGAUUUUUUUUAUUUACCAUAAGGAGUGCAAUAGCAAACAUUAGUUUUAAUGUGUGCCCAUUUAAGACUGGUGGUCGAGGUGGAACUAGUGGCAGUAAUAUAGUCGAAAAAUGCACCUGUUUAUCUGAAACAGCCGUAAUGUGGCAUCCAUCAAAUUUUCCAAACUGUUGGCAUUCUAAAAAAAAAAAAUAAUUCCAACAUUCUGGAAGAAGAAAAAAUAAAUACCAGUCUUCUGCAUCGAGUUACAUACUGGAUCGUGAUUUAUGAAGUUUUUUAUUGUUUUAGUUGAUUUGUCAUUCUGAUUUAAUGUGGGUUUUGCACAAUAUUAUAUAUUUCUUAUAUUCAUAAAUUCUAAGCUAAUUUAUCAGGUUUGUUCCAAUACUUUACUUGCCGGUUGGAUAGAGACAUUAGGCUGUAAAGCUUCUCUAGUCUUUAGCAGUGAUUCCCAAGCUGUAGCUCUCCGGCUGCUGCAAAACUACAUGCAUGCCACAGGCUGUCAGGGCAUAUUCUGAGGGGGAGUUUCCUAACCAGGGUGCCUCCAGCUGUUGCAAAACUACAUGCAUGCCACAGGCUGUCAGGGCAUAUUCUGAGGGGGAGUUUCCUAACCAGGGUGCCUCCAGCUGUUGCAAAACAACUCCCAGCAUGCCCGAACAGCCGAAGGCUGUCCGGGCAUGCUGGGAAUUGUAGUUUUGCAACAGCUGGAGGCACCCUGGUUGGGAAACACUGCUCUAAUAUGUCGUUUUUGCAACAACUAGAGAGCUAUAGCUCUAGUUUUUUUUGUUUUUUGUUACUGAGGCUUUUGUAAUAAUAGUAAUCUGUUCCUGUUCUGAAGUU